ACAUUAUAGCUGUUCUUGUCUUAAAAAAAGAAAAAAAAAGGGAAAAAAAAAAUAAACAUUAUAGCCGUUAGGUAAAAAUACGAAUAAGGCAAAAACGUGUUGGAAUUUACUUUUUACCGGGGGUGAAUCCGUUGGCGUCCCCAUUUUUAGCACCGCAAAUAUUUCAUCUCUCGCACGUGCCCAUUUUACCCUCCCUUCUAAAAGCCCUCCGAAACUGUGUCUUCGGUCGGAGAUCUGCUGGUUUUUCAGUCCCAGUCCGACGGAGCCCAUGGAAGGCCCCCCAUCCCCUUCCUUUCGGGUUUCCGACGACUAUUGGAGCCCCAAAACGGCACCGUCUUCUCCGGCUCCGUGGACUCGCCACCAGGACAAGAUUUUCGAGCACGCUCUGGUCAUGGUGCCGGAGAACUCCCCCAACCGCUGGCUCAGGAUUGCCGGUCUCAUCCCCGGUAAGUCGCCCGCCGAAGUCAGCUACCAUUACGACGCCUUGGUUUCUGACCUGCUCGAUAUUGACUCCGGACGAGUCGAGUUGCCGAGUUAUGCCGAAGACGACUCGGUCGCCAGCUUGCCGGAAACAGAGGCGCCGCCGCCUAAUUUAUCGGAAAAACCGUCGAAGAGUAGACCUAAUGAGACCGAGAGGAAGAAGGGGAAGCCCUGGACAAAAAAGGAACACCAGCUAUUUUUAUUGGGGCUAAAGAAAUUCGGGAAGGGUGAUUGGAGAAGUAUUUCCAGAAACGUGGUGAUUUCAAGAACGCCAACACAGGUAGCCAGCCAUGCCCAAAAGUAUUUUCUCCGGCAAGAGUCCGCCAAGAAAGAUCGGAAAAGAUCCAGCAUACACGACAUUACCACCGUAGAGGGCAGUUUAGUGGCGGCGGCCGCCACCGAUCACUGUCAGCUCAGUACAGUUCCAACAAUAAUCCAACCGCCGCCUCCGUGGCCCUUGCUGCCGCACCAAUUUGCAUCCGCGAGCUAUUUUCCUCCUGACCACAGAAGCUUGCUGGAUUACUAAAACUUUGGUUCAUCAUACAGAAAAAUAGGGUUUAUACAUAAAUAUAUACAGAGGUUUAAAUACCUAUUUCGAUUCUGUACUCUCGGCCUUGUUCAUUUUGGUGUUCUUGUGUUU